UGAUAUUAUGAUGAAGAUAUAUACAUUCAGUUUAUUAAUCUGCUUGUUUUCUAAACUCCAAGGUCACAGCAAAUCAGAUAUCAACCUUGGUUUUACUCUGACUCUCUCUUCUCCUGUAGUAUACACUCCCGGAUUUAUGGGCAAAGCUUAUAUAAAAGAGACAGAAUCAUCAUCAACAAGAGAACCCGCUUUCAAAGCCGCCUUAACGAUGGAAUCAAGCGAUGAUAAUAGACGAUAUGUGUGUUCUCUCCAAGUUUUCAUUGGAGAUGUAAGAGUUUGGAACUCAGGGCAUUACUCAAAGAUGUAUGUUUUUAACAAAUGCAUCUUCGAGCUCUCAAAAGAUGGAGACAUGAGGCUAAAGAGUAGCAAUAAACACGUUGGAUGGCGAAGCGGAACCUCAGGACAAGGCGUGGAGAGGUUGGAGAUACAGAGCACAGGGAAUCUAGUGUUGCUUGAUGCAAUGAAUCUGAUCAAAUGGCAAAGUUUCAACUUCCCAACAGAUGUGAUGUUGAGCGGUCAGAGACUAGACGUGGCCACGCAGCUAACCUCAUUCCCAAAAGACUCGACUUUGUUCUACUCUUUUAAAGUCCUACGCGACAAGAUUGCUCUUUUCAUCAACUUGAACAAGCUCAAAUACUCAUAUUGGGAGUACAAGCCUACAGAGAACAAAACGGUCAAUUUCGUGAGACUAGGGUCAAAGGGUCUUGAGUUGUUUGAUGAUAACAGCCAUAUAAUAGGGAGGAUAGAGCAACCAUUGAUCAGAUUCAUGGCGAUUGGGAACAAAACCGGGAAUUUAGGACUUUAUUCGUAUAAACCGGAAAAGGGGAAGUUCGAGGCAUCGUUUCAAGCGGUGAGCAACACUUGUGAUCUUCCUGUUGCGUGCAAACCAUAUGGAAUCUGCACAUUAUCCAAGUCUUGUUCUUGCAUUGAGGUUGCGAGCGAUGGACAUUGCAACAUCAACGAGGAAGAAGGGCAUUUGAUGAAGAAGAGGUUAUGUGAUCACGAGAUGGUUGAGCUAGAAGGAGUCACUACAGUGCUAAGAAACGGUACAGAGGCUAGAGACGUAAGCAAAGAAAGAUGUGAAGAGUUGUGUAAGAAAGAUUGUGAGUGUAGAGCUGCGAGUUACUCUGUUUCUGAUGAGCGUUGUGUCAGUGUUUACUUGCCGAUGGGUGUUAAGGAGAUUAAGAGAGUGAGUGGAUUGAGUUAUAUGGUGAAGAUUCCAAAAGGAGUUAGAUUUGGUGAUGAGAAAUCGAAUGUGAGAAAAUGGGUUGUGGGAUUAGUUGUAGGGAUUGAUGUUUUUGUCAUUUUGCUGCUUCUUUCUGGUUUUGGCUUUUAUUACAUUCGAAAGCGUCGGAAAAGCUCGUCACAGCCGCAGCCACAACCGCAACCGCAUCCACAACCGCAACCGCAGCCGCAACAACAGCCCAAUACAGAUUAG